AUUCUAACAAUAUAUAUGUGUCUGUGUGUAUAUAUGUGUGUAUAUAUACUUUCCCAAAGACCGAUGUAUGCAAAUAAAGGGCAAGAGCCACUGAGAAAUCUGAUCUGGGUUCGUGAGUUACUCAAGGAGGAAGAUGAUGUUACAUCCCGCAACCGAGUUCCUUCCGCCGGCCUCAUCACCAACGAUUUCUUCACUUUCAUCUUCUGAUUUCGAUACCGAGUCAACUGGCUCGUUUUUCCAUGACCGUAGCACCAGCUUGGGAACUCUGAUGGGUGUGACCACCUUUACAUUCAGGACCCCUUCGCAGCGUCGAGACGGGACUCCCACUAUAACGCGUCGAUCGACUCCUAAUAAUAGAAAUUUUGUACCACGGAGGAGGAAGAAAGAUCAGACGACGGAUUUGGUGGCGGAACGGCGGAGGAAGAGGGUUAGAAGGAGGAAUUGGUGGUGGUUGUGCAGUGGUGAGGCUUCAAAGCCUUCUUCUCUUGGGGAGUUUCUGGAGGUUGAGCGGAGGUUUGGAGUGGAGGCACUGUUUGAUGGUGAUGCUUUGAUGGAUGUGAACUUGGGUGAUCAUCAUAGGAAUAACGGGAGGAUGUUAUUUGCUGAUGGGAGGGUCUUACCACCACCCCAUUCCCCUGAUGAUGAUGAUGAAGGGACUCCUGUUUGUUCUCUUUGUAGGUUUCAUGUUUUGCUGGCGGCAAUCUGCGGCGGCGGCGGUGGUGUAAGAUAGGCAAUUUAACUAAAAUCUUUAGCUGUUUUGUUGGUUAAAGGUGGGAUCUUGGGAUACCAUUUUCAUAAACUGUAUGUAAAAGCCUGUGAUUUUGUUGCCAUCUAAUUUGAUCAAUACAAUGACUGAUUCAAUACC